ACUAGACCUUCAGGGUUUUUGCAGAGUCUGGUCUCGCUUACCUGGGAUCCUUGCACUCUCUUGCACUCUUUUGUGCGUUGCUUAGAUACAUUUUCAGCUGGCAGUCUAUCCCGGCAGCUUCAGUUUCUCUCCCGGGUACCUUUUAUUUUCCCGUUUUCUCCUUGAUUCCGCGGCUUUUUAAAACCAGACUUCUCUUCCUGCCGCAACAGGCUGAGGUGCUUGCCCUGAUAGAAAGUUAUAGAAUUAUCUCCUUGCCGCUAUGAAUUGGGAUGCGGGCAAGGCAAGGGCAGCCACGGGCUUGAAGACCACAGCAAGAGGAGCUUAAAAUGCUUUUUCGUAAUUUCCCAUCCUUCCUUGACACCUCAGUUGCAGUGGGAGUUGUUUCGGGGAGAAGCAGCUGAGAAGGGACCCAUUAUUGCCUGUCUUGAAAUUCUGGAGGAACUGAGAGGACAGGAAGGCAACAAGAUCAUUCUUAACCAGCUGCUUUCUUGAAGGAAAAACAGUCUCUCUGCUGAUCAGAAAUGCUGUUGGUCCCUUCCUCCAGUGAUUUUUUGUGUGUGUGUGACUGAAAUCUUCCAAAGCUUGUGGGCCUCACCAGAAGAUCCAUCCGGUUCAUCCUUUUUGGAAUCAUUUACCUUUCUUUUUAAAGCGAUCUUUCAAAGAAGAGGCCCACGGUUGUCUAGGGAACUUAACUUGGCUUGGAAAUCCUCAUCGUUGCAGCUCUGAAAAGCUCCCGUCGGCCUCAAACGGGGACCUUUCCUCCACUCUAUGUGGACGUUGCCCUUUGGGAAACGUUAGCCACAAAGAUGGCUACUGAACUGAGGGCUGGGGAAGCCGCCUGUCUCUCCUUCCAGAAUGUUCUGGGGCACGGCAUGAACCCUACGAGGAAGCCCGAGGAGGAAGCCCAAGUGAGGCCCCUAGAAGCCGAUGGGGAACGGACGGUCCCUCGGGUCAUUCAGGUCGGGACCAUAGGAGAGUUCUUGGGCUGGAUGGCUCCCCAAGAGAUGAUCCAAGGAUCAGAGGAGGGUUUGGCUCAACGCUGGGAAGCCCAGUGGCAGGAAUUCUUGAAGGCGAUCCAGCCUUUACCUUCCGGGUUUGGGACUCCACACCAGUCCAAGCCUUUUCCCUGGGACUCCUACGAGUCUGUCGCCAACACCAGCCAGUGGUCGAACGGAGAAGGGGUUCCCCAGUUCUUGGUGGUCAACCACGGUGACUUCCCCCCUCCGAUCCUUUACGGUCCCGAGGCUGAAGAAAACAGGCCGAUGAAGGAUGUGGAUGAAGAGGCUCUCUUGACCGAAGCUAAGCGCCAACGUUUUCGGCAGUACAGUUACCAGGAAGCUGAAGGACCUCAAGAAGUUUGCAAGAGACUCCGGGAAUGUUGCUGUCAGUGGCUGAUGCCAGAGAAGCACUCCAAAGAGCAGAUCCUGGAGCAGGUGAUCCUGGAGCAGUUCCUGGCCGUCCUACCUCCAGGGAUGCAGGGCUGGGUCAGGGACCGCUGUCCUCAAGCUUGUUCCCAGGCAGUGGGCCUCGCGGAAGACUUCCUCAGGAUCCAGCAACAAGAGAUCAAGGUGCUGGAACCGUGCGCCGCGGUGGUGGUGAUCUCCCCUGAGGCCGGAGACUCCCUGGCAGACUCUGGAUCCAACAGCCACCUGUGUGGAGAAGCUGAACUGAAAGACAGUCAGGAUCCCAACGGAGUGGGUAGGUACUCACUGUAGUAAAGGGCGGGAGAGAGCACUUCUACGUUGAUUGGAUGCUGGAAGCGUACAAGCAGUCCUUAUGUAUAUCGAAUACAGAUGGUCCUUGACUUACGACAGUUAUUUAUCGACCGAAGUUACAAUAGCGCCCAAAAAGUGACUUACGGCCGUGUUUCACACUUACGACCGUUGCAGCAUCCCGGUGGUCAAGUGAUCAAAAUUCAGACGCUUGGCGACUCAUUUCUAUCGGUGGUUGCACGUGGUCACAUGAUCACCUUUUGCGAUCUUCUGACAAGCAAAGUCAACAAGGAAGUCGAAUUCAUUUAACAAUCAUGAUACUAAUUGAUCAGCCUCAUUGACUCGCUUAACAACCGUGGCAAGAAAGGUCUUAAAAUGGGGCAAAACUCACUUAACAAAAUGUGUCGGCU